AUGAACAGCCUAUGGCCAGCAGCUCCACGGUUCUCGUGCUUGAAUCCCAGGACCCUUUUGCAAUCAUGCAGUAAAACAGACAGCCUCGCGGCGAGGCUCGCACAACGCUUUAUCCGGCCAUACUCGGUAUCCUCGUUUCCAAUUCAUCGGAAAGAUGUUGUGUCAAUAGGCCAGCCGGUCAGGAUAUGGAAAUAUUCGAGUGCGAAAUGCAAGCUCUCGGCGGGCAUCAGGACAUUCGCCUCCCGCAGAAUCAUCAGGAAAUUCGAGGAUCUGCCCGAGGAUUAUCGGGAUGAGGAAGGGCUUGAUUACAGAAGAACUCCUCUAACGAAGGAAGAGACCAUUUCUAUCUUUGGAAAGAUCAUCGAUGCCAACACUGCAAACCGCAUGCUACGGGUGCUGCACGGCCGGAGGGUAGCAGGGACAUUGGGAGAUCCACAGGUGGUGAAGUAUACUGCCUACGAGGCGGAAGCUCGCCGUCUCGGAUUGGCCUGGCUGAGGAAGAACGUGUCUGUGGACGAGAUUGAGUGUGCGGGUCAGAGGGCCGAGAAGGAGUUGGCCGAGAUGGAAGCGGAGAUAGUUUCUGAUGCUGAGAGGAUUGGACUCUAUAAGCCGAAUUCGGGGACACGAGAUAAUGUCUAUGGAGACAGUGUUUUUGACCGGGUACGUAAGCACAAAGAGAAGAAGCUUGAUGAGAAAGAGGCGGAGGAAAAAAAGAAGAUGAGCCAAGCGGACGAGAUCAGACAGAAUACCGGGACUUUGCAGAAGACCCAGCCAAGGUCUCGAGUCGAGCUACGAAGACCAGGCGAGAACCCACGAUUGAAGUACUAUCUUGAAAGAGCCAAGGUAUUGCCAGAAAAGCCUCCGGAUAUGAGUAUUUUCCAGCGACUCUGGCCUUCAGGCCUCCUGACCCUCGCCGUCAUUCUAGGAUCCUCCCUCUUCGCCUACGUCUACACGCCCCCCAGAGCCGAAUGGCGCAUGUGGCCCGACAUGCCACCUUCGGCCGCAACGAUCAUCGCCAUCAUUCUCGCCAACGCCAUCGUUCUCGGCGCCUGGCAUUUCCCGCCUGCCUUCCGCGGCCUCAACAAGUUCUUCAUCAUGGUUCCCGGAUAUCCGCGAGCAAUCGCCUUGAUCGGCGCCAUCUUCUCGCACCAAACAGUAACCCAUUUCGCCUCAAACAUGAUCUUCCUGUGGAUCUUCGGGACUCGUCUCCACGACGAAAUUGGUCGCGGCAACUUCCUCGCCGUGUAUUUAAUAUGUGGCGUUUUCGGCGGCUUCAUCUCACUUUCGUCAUGGGUAAUUCGCAACAACUUCGCUUCCUCGUCUGUUGGAGCCUCAUGCGCUGUCGCCGGAGUCAUGGCUACGUAUCUGCUGUCUGACAGCAAAGAGAAGAUGAAACUCUUUGGUGUCUUUCCCCCUGAAAACUGGCCGUCGAUCUCGUCGCUAGCGCUCUUGUGCUUGAUGAUUGGUACUGAUGUCCUGUUUUUGUGGAAGAAGCAAAACGUCGUCUCGAUAGAUCACUGGGGGCAUCUUGGGGGGUAUGCGGCGGGUAUUACGGCGGCGGGGUUGUUCAGGUUUGCGGCUGAGCAAAAGCAGAGGAGGGAGAUGGAGAAGAGGAAAGGGUUGGUAGUAGAUGAGACGAGUUCGCAGGGGAAGGCUUAG